AUGUUUUCCACCGUCCUUCGCCAGCUGGCGCGCCACAAGGCCCGAAUACCAUUCAUAAAGGAUUUGCAUCUGAACUUCAUCAGUAUCCAUUACAUCUACAUUAUCUCGAUGGCUCUGAUAACCUCCGUUAUCAUCUACCCGGGCAAUGACCUGAAGUACAUUGAUGCGCUUUUCUUCUCUGCCGGUGCGGCUACCCAGAGUGGCUUGAAUACGGUGGACCUCAACCUGCUUUACACCUACCAGCAGGUCAUCCUCUACUUCGUUUCCAUGCUCACGACUCCAAUAUUCAUACACACCGCUCUCGUCUUUAUCCGUCUUUACUGGUUCGAGAAACGAUUUCAACAUGUCGUCCGCGACGCUCGAGCCCUUCGCACUAGCAGGUCCCGCGCGCGAACAAUCAGCUCGGACAAAAGCUCGCAGUCUUACAGCCAGGAAGAAGCGGGGAUAAACGGUCGCCCUAUUGUUGUACUGCGCAACGAUUUUGCCAUUCAACCUCAAAGGGAUGGGCCGCGAACUGGCCCAUCUAGCCCAGCUUCCCCAGCUGCGCCAGUUCCCAAGUCUCCAGAGGAGAGUGACUCUGGGUCCGUCUCCCCCACUUCAAACGCUAGCAGUGCAGCAAAACCGGAGGAGACGCCGGAGGAGACGCCCAGAGAACAACCGAGUCCACCGAAUACUACGAUUAAUCGUGAUUUCGGCAGCCUCCGAGUUCCUCCCCAACUCGAUCCCGAGCAUCACAUCGCUUUCCUGGAGAAGCAGCGGAAGAAUCAAGGCGCACUUCGGAUCCCGAGCCCAAGGGAAUAUGAUCGUGGUGGAGGGCCGCAGGUUCUCGAUGAGGAAGAAAACGAUGACCACAAAUUAGCCAAGACCAGAUCCGGCCAGUCUGCACAGCAGAGCCCUGGGGGUGACACCAACGAUAACACCCCAAACAUGGACGGUCCUCAUAUUACAAUCAACGAACCAGACCUGCCGCGGGCGAGAACAAGGAAUUCUACAUUCCCCCGCCUGGAUACGCGCCCCACUGUUCGCGAUACUAUGGACGGAGAUGAUCCGACGCCGCUUGCACGAUCGGGGACCCGGAGGCCAACACUCGUCGGCAUCUUCCGGUCUUUAACGCAGGAACGGGACCGACCUACUCUACCGUAUCUUAGUUGGGAUGCGACGGUUGGCCGCAAUUCCAACUUUGUUGAUCUGACCGAGGAGCAACGCGAUGAACUAGGAGGAAUCGAGUAUCGGUCGUUGAAAACGCUAGCCGUGGUCUUGAUAUCAUACUAUGUCGUGUUUCACCUUCUUGGUGUAGUCUGCCUGCUGCCCUGGAUUAUGGAGACCCACUGGGGGAAUGUCGUCAAGGAGGCGGGCCAAGGACGUCCGUGGUGGGCGUUCUUCACUGCUGCUUCCGCCUUCAAUGAUGUCGGGUUCACCCUCACCCCAGACUCGAUGACUUCAUUCCAGGAAGCCAUCUUCCCUCUUUUGUUACUGGCAUUUCUUAUCAUUAUCGGCAACACUGGCUUUCCUUGCAUGCUCCGUCUCAUCAUCUGGGUGUUGUCCAUAAUCGUCUCCAAGGAAACGCCGCUUUGGGAAGAGUUGAAAUUCCUCCUGGAUCAUCCACGCCGAUGCUUUACGCUCCUUUUCCCACGUAAUGCGACCUGGUGGCUAGUCGCGACUCUGGUCCUAUUGAACGGAGUUGACUUGAUAUUCUUCAUCAUUUUGGAUCUCAACGACGUCGCCGUCAGUGCGUUGUCCACCGGUAUCAAAAUCGUGGAUGGCCUUUUCCAAGCCGCCUGUACCCGAACCGCUGGUUUUGCUGUGAUAUCCAUCUCCGAGCUGCAUCCUGCUGUCCAGGUCUCGUACAUGAUCAUGAUGUAUAUCUCCGUUUUCCCCAUCGCUAUCUCGCUCAGACGGACAAAUGUCUACGAGGAAAAGAGUCUUGGGGUCUACGAGCCGGAAGACGAUGAGAAUGACGACAACCAGACGGCGCCCACCUAUAUCGGGACUCACUUACGGAGACAACUGGGUUUCGAUCUCUGGUACGUCUGCUUGGGUCUUUUUAUUAUCACCAUCGUCGAAGGCGAUCGUAUCGCGAACACGGACCAGUAUUCGUUCCAGGUUUGGUCCGUGCUUUUUGAAGUUGUGUCCGCCUACGGUACUGUCGGUCUCUCGCUCGGCUAUCCAGGUGUAAACGCUUCCUUCGUUAGCCAGUUCAAGGUGAUCUCCACCCUCGUCAUCAUCGCCAUGCAGAUUCGUGGCCGACACCGUGGUCUGCCGUAUAAUCUGGACCGUGCUAUUUUACUCCCAUCCGAGUCGCUACACCAGAAAGAACUCGAAGAUGCGGAGCGGCGCAUGCGUCGCCGAGCAUCCAGCCUCGGCCAGGGGGGCUCUUUUGGACGGCAACAAUCGCAAGCUGCGUCGGACACUGGCGCCACCUCGGCGCUGGAGACGAGACAGCGCAACACGGCGCUCAACACGGAGCUCAAUACCCCUGACCCCGUCAUCCGGCGUAAUUCCACCCUACGAUCGCAGCAGUCCCAGCGAUAA